AUGGCCACCCCACCCAGCCUGAGCAUCGCAGUCCUCCUCUUCCCCGACCAUCAAAACCUCGAUGCCGUGGGUACCAUGGACUACCUCAACAGCCACAGCCAAGCCUAUCUUGCAAAUUUCCCCACCGUCCAGCACCUUGGCCCCAAGGCUCCCAUCUUGACGUGGUACUUCGUCUCCGACGCCUUAGACCCCGUAACAGCCACCUCUGGCCCUAAACAGCUCCCAGCGCAUACAUGCCUGCACCCACUGAGGCGCUCAUGCACGAAUCAUAUGGAGACCCUCGCACAAAUAGGUGUCCUGGACGGGUACCACGUUGCCUGUAACAAAAUGGCGCUGACAAUGGUGGUAGAUGCCGGGAAGCUUAACGGAGCCGUGCAUUGGAUGGGUGACGCGAGAUGGAUGGAGGAUAAGAGGGUGUGGAGUGCUGCGAAGGUCACGAAUGUCGUUGCUAUUGUUCUUGGUGAUACUGAGGCGACGUCCCUCGGCUCAAGUGUGGCGAAGACUGAUGAUGCCCUCGUUGGCUUUGCGAAAAAUCCAAAUGUCGAUAUAGCGGCGACGAAUGGUGUGAACAAGUCCCUUGCGCCCGUUGAUGUUGGUGGUGAUGAGGGAAAGACUUGUGUUGCGAAUACUGCUGCUGGUGCUGCUUCUGUUAAGGAAGUGUCGCCCGCCCUUGAGUACCCAACCUGCCCCAGCCACCGACGAACAUCCAAAUCAUUCGGGGUCAUAGGACUAUAA